GCGAUGGAUGGGGAUUCUAUUCAUCGCUAUCAUUCUGGCAUUUAUUAUUCUCCAUAGCUUGGGCCCUAUACUCGCUAGCCAGGCUUUACCCAUACACACCCGCUGUCCAGCCUCCGCAGGACUCAUACACCACACAAACACUGCCCAAACACCGCCCCGGACGGCCCUCUUUACAUUUCUGUUUCGCCUUGUCCAUAGGACACCUCAUCCAACAUGCUCAAGGGUGUCAAGCAGCUGUGGCCGUCAAACCACGCCAACGCCAACAACAACAACAACACCCCCGGCCACUCUCCCUCACCCUCCUUUUCCAACUUUGGCGGCCCAUCAGACCAGGCCACGCCACGAGCAUCCGCCCAGUCCAAUCCGUUUGACGCGGCCCCACACGGAGCCCAAUCACCCGGCGCCGCCGGCUUGAGCAAGAGUACCGCCAGCCUUUCGCUCGACCCGAAGCGUACUGCCGUCACCCCUGGUGGUACUCAACACCAACCGUCUGGGCUGAAAACGCCUACCAGUCAAGGUUUCGCUUCUUUGCCCCUCGGGACGCCUGGCGCGGGACAGCCGACCACUGGCGUUACGAAAGGCGAUACUGUGGGCCAGACCGGCGGUAUCGGUUUUGGUCUGCAUGAGCCAGCAAAAAUGCGCAAGGCUAUGAACAAGAAUGACAUUGCAUCUACCGCUUCGCCAACUCAGUCCGUCAGGUCGCCUACGACUGGCCCGAGAGGUACCCUCCGAGUCAAGGUCAUCUCUGGCCGCGGUCUCGCUGUCGCCAACUCGCCCGGCGCCAACUCUCAGCCGUACGUCGUCAUUCAAUUCGAAAAGAACGAGUACGUCUCCCGACCUCCCCACCCUGCCGCAUCGCCCUCCUCCGUCCCCUUCACCACCGGUACCGCACAGCCUGUCGCGCCGGGCAACCUUACCAGGAGCACUAGUGGUUUGGGUGUCGGUGCCAUCUCUCGAGCAUUUGCCGAUGCCGUUGGCCGAGGCAAGAAGGAAAAGGAUAGCAACGGCGCGAUGACGCCAAAAGCAGAGGAUGCGCCCGGCGGGGGUGGCAAUUGGCUGGGCAAGCCAGGUCCAGGGGACCCAGUUUGGAAGGAAGAGGUUUCUUUCGAUGUGACCUCUAGCAAGCCUACCCUCCAUCUCUCAGUGUACGACCGAUGCCGCGACGGAGAGGGGUUCCUGGGUAUGCUCAAUAUCAAGCCGGCUUUGCAGGACGGUAUGGUACUCGACAACUGGUACAAACUCGGCACGCGCGGCAAAGAAAGUGUCACUGGUGAAAUAUGGAUCCAAAUGACGUACACUGUCAUCAGGAAAAACGUCGCCCUCAAGCCCUCCGAUUUCGAGUUUCUCAAGCUCAUCGGCCGUGGUACUUUCGGCCGUGUCUUCCAAGUCCGCAAGAAGGACACGCGCCGUAUCUACGCCAUGAAGGUGCUUUCCAAAAAGGAAAUCGUCGCCAAGAAGGAAGUCGCGCACACCAUCGGCGAGCGCAAGAUCCUCCAAGCUUCCCUCGAAUGCCCCUUCCUUGUCGGCCUCAAGUUUUCUUUCCAAACCGACACCGAGCUCUACUUUGUCACCGACUACAAGUGCGGUGGUGAGCUUUUCUGGCAUCUGCAAAAGGAAGGCAGGUUCAGCGAAGAUCGGGCGAGGUUUUACAUUGCCGAGCUCGUCUUGGCGCUGGAGCAUCUGCACAAGUACAAUAUUGUGUACCGAGAUUUGAAGCCGGAGAAUAUCUUGUUGGAUGCGACGGGUCAUGUGGCGCUUUGUGACUUUGGCUUGUCCAAGCCCGACUUGACGGAUGACAAGUUGACCAACACCUUCUGUGGAACCACCGAAUACCUCGCACCGGAAGUAUUGCUUGAUGAGAAGGGUUACGGCAAGCACGUCGACUUUUGGUCCCUCGGUGUGCUUCUCUUUGAGAUGUGCUGCGGCUGGAGUCCGUUCUAUGCCGAGCAGACUCAGGAGAUGUACAGGUUGAUCUGCUACGGCAAGAUCAGGUUCCCCAAGAAUGUCAUUGGUGACGACGGAAAGCAGUUUGUCAAGGGCCUAUUGAACCGAAACCCCCAAAACCGUCUCGGCUCCCAACGCGGUGCCGUCGAACUCAAAGAACACCCUUUCUUCGCCAACAUCGACUGGGACGCGCUCUACAAGAAACAAAUCACGCCUCCCUUCAAACCCAUCGUCGACUCUGACGAAUCCGUCGCCAACUUUGAUCCCGAAUUCACAAACUCUUCUCUGCUCGAUGCGGGGAUUGUGCCGUGGGAUGAUCAUGAUGGAGCGGGUGAGGGCGGGGUGGGGAGCGGGAGCUUGACGGGGAAGCAUUCGUAUCUUGGUCCUGGGGCGGGGUUGAGUGGAAGUCAAGGGGGAGCGGAUGGGGUUGCGAUUAAUAAGAGUCAGAGGCCGCCUUUGCCUGGGGCGAGCGGGAGCCCGUUGACGAGCAGUGUGCAAGAAAACUUUAGAGGGUUUACGUAUACUGGAGAGUCGCUCAUGCCUCAAUCGAUGCUCGCGGAUCAACAAAUGGACAGCGACUCUGAUAAUGAGAAUGCCGUCGAUGAUGAAGACGACGAGGACUCUUCUUCUGAAGAGGAAGAUGAUGAUGACUAUGAUGAUGACAAUAUCGUCAGCGGUCGAACAGCAAGGGGAGGCGACGUUGACAUGGACUAAGGAGAGAUUUGCAGGGGAGCUUUCUUUAUCCAUUCGUGUUCCAUUCUUCCAACUUUUAGAAAAGAAAACUCGAAAACCAAACACCAAACCAAGUAUAAUUUCUACCCCUUGUGUCUUUCUCCUCUUUGAGCCUUUCUUGCUUGACAGAAGACUUAUGGCUCGUCACUUCUUGCCUCUGGUCAUUUGUAUCCUGUACCUCACAGCAUAGUUUCCCCGUCUCGUCUUUUCUCUAUCUAUCAUAAACGUAUCCUUCCUCCUUCCUCCCUUCUUCUCUUCAUUUCUCAUCAGAGUAAAGUUUGUGGUUGUCGAAGAGUGUAAUAGGUAAUAGUCGCGAGUCGGGGGUAGUGUGCAACCAGAUCAUCAGAAUCAAUCGUACAAGGAUAAUGGAUUGAGUAUGACAUUGCUUUGAAUGGCGGGGUUGAACAUGGAGUUCAAGAGACAUGUCAGCUUGGUUAGAGUACCA